AUGAGAAGGUACGAGAAUUGCGCGAUUAUAGUACUUCAGCUUUUUAGCCACAGUCUCAGUUGCCAGGCGCUCUUAAAUGAGUACCAAGAGACGGCUAGAAGUGUAAUUUUUUUACGUUCGCAAGUGGAAAUGGGACCGGAGCCAUGGAUUUCGGGCAUGUAUUGUCUGGAAGAGUUCGUCAAAAUCGUCUUCACAUCCCGCGAACGUCUCACCCGUUCUUACAAUGUGCUUUUGACUAAUAGCUACAACUUAACCUCACCGGCUUUGGAGAUACAGGAUGGUUUCGCUAAGAUAAUUAACGAAGCUAUAAGUCGUAGUAAAGAAAAAGGGCGUCGCUUCUUUCAGAUUCGCACAGUCUUCGACAAUAAGCAAUAUGCGAGGCUGAAGUUCGGUGAUAGCGCAGUUAUUUACACUGAUUACUAUAUUAUUAUCGUGGACAGCGUAGAUCGGCUCCAGGCGCUUAUGAGGGACUACGUUAGUCGUAUGGUUUCUUGGAAUCCGGGGGCUCGUUUCUUGGUAUUGUUCAAUAACGCAUUGAAUCGGCAUAGCGAGGACCAGGUCGCGAUGGAUAUUUUCUCUCUAUUGCAAAAGCAAUACUAUGUCCAUCAAAUCGGACUGCUAUACGCAACUAGUGAGAUCGAUUAUUCAUUUUCAGUGAUGGACUAUUACAACAAUGCGAAUUGUCGCACCAUAAGGAUGUCAAAAAUCGGCGAGUGCAAAAAUGGACAACCACAACCAAAUACGGCUGAGCUAAAACGGAGGUUGCGAAAAUUUGAAAGGGAGAUCAGGAUAAAAAAUUGCACAUUCCAAAUGUGUGCAGCUAUAUCGGCGCCUUUUGUGGAGGAGGACUGCCAAACUGGAUUAGAGUUGCGUAUAGUAGAUUUUAUGCGUGAUCAUCUAAACUUCAAGAUCAAACAAUUUUGUGACGAGGAAACCAGAGGAGUGCGAGAAGAGAAUGGCACAUGGACUGGUCUACUUGGAAAACUGUUCGAUCGCGACUGUGAUUUCAUAAUUGGCGGAUUCUUUCCCGAUAACGAAGUUAUUGAAAAUUUUUGGGGAUCUGACUGUUACCUCUAUGAUAGUUACACCUGGUUUGUCAAACUUGCUGAUCCGAGACCUGCCUGGAUGGCGAUUUAUCACAUCUUUAAAGACGAAACUUGGCUUUGCUUCAUAAUUCUGCUCCUUAUCACUUGGAUAUUCUGGUACUUCUUUGUAAACAUGCUUCCUGAGCCGCCAAACCACAAAGACUUUUCGCUAACAGGCAUUAACGCCAUGGCUGUUUCCAUAUGUGUCGCUGUCGAAGAGCGGCCCGAAUGUUUUUCCUCGCGCAUUUUCUUUCUUGCCUUGACUAUUUACGGCAUGAACGUUGUGGCAAUUUACAAUUCGCAGCUAAUUACUGUUUUCACUGACCCUGGAUACCUACACCAGAUACACAAUCUCCUUGAGGUACUUGACGCGGGUAUACCCUUUGGCGGACCAGAUGAGAAUCAGGACUGGUUUGAAAAUGAUGAGGAUAUGUGGAUCUUUGAAAAUUAUAACGACACGGACUUGUUUAUACCAAACUCGCAUAAUCUUCGUACAGUGAAAACCGGGCAGCGCGUUUUACUAGCGAGCCGCAUGUAUGUGUUGCAAGAUCGACUUGCCGAUGAAAUUUUUGCGUUUCCCCAGAGCGUUUUUUCUAGCCCCCUGCAUAUAAUAAUGAAAGUAGGAUUUCCAUUGUUAACAGAUUUCAAUUGGCUCAUAAGGGCAAUGCGAGACCAUGGCAUAUUCCAAAAGAUUGAUAGUGAUUUUCGCUACAACAACACAUAUCUCAAUCGAAUAGCGCGAAUGAGACCAGAAUUCAAAGAGUCGGCAAUUGUUCUCACAACAGAUCACCUAAAAGGAUCUUUCUCCAUUUUGUUUAUGGGCGUCGUUGGUAGCGUAUUCUUGUUCAUUGAUAAUUAUUUAGCGUUGAAUAGUGUAGAAAGGCGUCUGGUCAAGAUCGGAUUGCAACCACGCGUCUAA